AUGGCAAAACGAAUAGUCGAUUUCGUGCCCGUCUUUCUGAGUCUUGUUGCAUUCAUUUUCGUACUACUCAUCCUCCUCGCAGGAAUCAACACCUCCUCCCUCAAACUCCCGUCCGUCCUCAGCAAUGCCGACCUAUUGAGGGAUAUCUCCACCCUGUCGGGUACAGACUUUAUCGGCGGAGACCUCAGCGCCUCCACCCUCGGUCUCGCAACCGAGUACACCAUCUCCCUGCUCACCUUUUGCGCCCGCACAUCCUCGGGCCCGUCAUGCUCCUCGCCGCAGAUCAAGUUCUGGUUCGACCCGGGCCAGCACCUGCGCCUCGACAGCACGUCCCUGAGACAGGAGUACCCCGGCGGCUACACGGCCGCGCUCUCGAGCUACCGCAACAUCGCGACCCGUUUCCUCCCCGGCGCCUUUGUCUUUUGUGCCCUGGGCGCAGGGCUCACCGCCAUCCUCUCCGCCCUGUCGGCCUUGGGCGUCGCGAGGGCCUCGACCGGCCGCGCGGCCGCCGUCCUUUCCGUCGUGGCCACCGUCGUGCUGCUGAUGGCCGCCGCGGCCGCCACGCACGUCUUCCGCGUCCUCGACGCCGAGUUCAGCAGCGGAUUCGGCGCGCGUGGGCUGUCAUCGUCGCUGGGCGCGGGCGGGCUCGCGCUCGCCUGGCUGGCGCUGCUGCUCAUGCUCGGCGCGGCGGUCGGGGCGUGCACGCGGCUGGGCGCGGUGGGCGCCGAGGAGCGCAGGGGCCGUGGCCUGCGGGCGCUGAACCUCGGGGUCGGGGAGAAGAGGGCCGCUGUCGUCAGUGCAGUCCCGUCCCGCAAGGGCGGGAUCCUGUCCCGCAUCCCCGGAUUGAACAGGCACACGUACGCCCAGGUCGAGGAGGAGCAGCAGCAGCGGCAGAUGAUGCUGGGCAGGGUCGGGUACGGUGGUGCGGCGCCCCGCGGUGCUGACGCCGACUGGAUGGCCGAGGAUGAGUAUUCUGCCGACCGGUACAGUGACCGUGGGCGAGCGCAUGACAUUGCCAUGAGGAGUCUCAGCUCUAGCCCGCCGGCGCGGACGGUAGCGAACAAGGCAUAUGAGCCGUAUGGAAGAGCUGGCUGA